UGGGGGUUUAGUGGGAGCCUGAGGUUCACAGUGUUCAAAUGAGCUGUUAGGUUUGGAAAAUGAUGCUAUAAAUGUUCAGAGUUUGGUCUGUCCUCUGAAUUUACCUGUUUUUAUAUAGGAUGGUACCUUUCUGUGAAACUUUUGCUUCUGAACUUGAUUGUGAUCCUGUGAAAGAUUCGGAAGCUCUUGUGCAUGCAUCUUCUACAGUGCACAAUAGGUCAUAUUACAAAAUAAUGCAAAUGUAAAUGGUCUCUUUUAGAGGCUUGCUACUUCUACUAAAUCCUGCACAGUCUAGUUAGUCUCUGGGGGUGGGGGGAAGUGUCAAUUGGGAGAUAUGUUUUUGGUCUGAUUUUUUAAAAAUUAUAUAUAUAUAUAUAUAUUUAUUUAGGCAAGAAGGUAUCACUCUAGGUUGUGCUUUGGAAAAGUAAACUUCUGCUAUUUGUUCAAGCUGGUGUGCAUGACUUAAUUGUCAACCUGAUUCUGUGUGUUUUCUUUUCACAGCAGCUUUAGAUGUGUUCGCUAUUGAGCUCAUGCUAACUUCAUUGAAUUAGUGUCUCUAUGAUUUUCUAACAGUCAUCAGCAGCUUGAGAUCAGUCAAGAAGUUCAGCUUGUUUAAUACAUGGAUAGGCAGAGGUAGUAAAUUCAUAGGAUCAUAUGAUGAUUCAGGUUACAAAAAGAUCAUGUCCUUUAUGUGAGGUGGUUACCUGUAAAAGGACCUGAGGGAAUGGCAUGACCUGUGUCAGGGAGGAUUUAGGUUAGGUAUUGGGGAAAGGUUCUUCCCUCAGAGGGUGGUUUGGCACUGGAACAGGCUCCCCAGGGAAGUGGUCACAGCACCAAGCCUGACAGAGUUCAAGAAGCAUUCAGACAAUACUCUCACGCGCAUGAGAGACAUUAGGGAUGUCCUGUGCAGGAUUUGGACUUGAUGAUUCCAUGGGUCGCUUCCAACUUAGGAUAUUCUAUAUAAUCCAGCUGCUCAAAGCAAAGUCAACUGAGGUCAGACCAAGUGGCUCAAUGUGUUAUCCAGAUAUCUGUCUGUGCUUUUAAGCUGCAUAAUUUCUUGGGAAUAUGUAUUUAAACUUGUGAUUUUGUUUCUAAGGUUAGAUUACUUGUUUUGGAGGCAUGUGAAUUAAUUUUUAGCUUUCUUUUCAGCAUACAACUGUUUGAGAGAUGGGAAGACAAGUUCUGUGAAAGAGGUCAUCUGGAAUUCAGAUUUGAAAAAAUAUGCCCUUUUCAAAAGGAAGUUGUUUAAGGGAGACCUGGAUUUGCCUGGAAAAUAGAAAAAUAGCUUAUAUGAUUCUUAGUCAAACUUGGUGUCUAGGAUGUUGUGUAGUCUUGCUGUUUUGUUCCAGUUUGUGUGACAUUACUGGCAUGGAUUUUUGUGGGAUGGUAACAACUUGGCUGUCUUAUACAAUAGAAGUGGUGCUUAACUUUUGUUUGGCCCUGGACUGUAGAAACAUGGGCAUCUUGGAGUGCCUUCCCAAGAACAGAUGUGUGGUUCGAGUACUGCUAGUACCCCUUCUGAGCUGAUAGUGUAUUCCAGAUAGGAACGUGAAAGACAUCCUGUAUUAGCUUCCAAUCCACAUGGAGUGUUUCUUCUUUAGCAUUGAAGCAAUUCAAGUUUUCUGCAAAGUCUGAGCAUUUAUGUUAUCUGACUGAACUGACAUCUUGACACCAAAGAUGCUAACAAGGAAGAUUAAGCUUUGGGACAUUAAUGCCCAUAUAACCUGUCGUCUGUGCAAUGGAUACCUGAUUGAUGCUACUACUGUAACAGAAUGCUUGCAUACUUUCUGUAGAAGCUGCCUAGUGAAAUAUUUGGAGGAAAACAACACCUGUCCAACAUGUAGGAUUGUUAUACAUCAGAGCCACCCAUUGCAGUAUAUUGGUCAUGACAGAACAAUGCAAGAUAUUGUUUACAAACUUGUGCCAGGCCUCCAGGAAGCGGAAAUGAAAAAGCAAAGGGAGUUUUAUCACAAACUGGGCAUGGAAGUUCCAGGGGACAUCAAAGGGGAGACAUGUUCUACAAAACAGCACCUAGAUUCUCAUCGAAAUGGUGAAACUAAAGCAGAUGAAAAUAUAAAUAAAGAAACUUCGGAGGAAAAACAGGAAGAAGAUAAUGACUACCACCGAAGUGAUGAACAGGUGAGCAUCUGCUUGGAGUGCAAUAGUAGCAAACUGCGUGGAUUGAAACGAAAAUGGAUUCGUUGCUCUGCACAAGCAACAGUCUUGCAUCUAAAGAAGUUCAUUGCCAAAAAACUCAACCUUUCUUCUUUUAAUGAGCUGGACAUAUUAUGCAAUGAAGAGAUUCUUGGCAAGGACCAUACGCUCAAGUUUGUAGUUGUUACUAGAUGGAGAUUUAAGAAAGCACCUCUACUUCUACAUUAUAGACCCAAAAUGGACUUGCUGUAAGGGAACUUUAUUGUCCUUCUGGACAGAGCUUUUUGCAGAGACUAUCAUCUGGCACCUUCUUAGUGCAUCACUAAUCACAUGACACAAACCAGCUGAAUAAUUUUGGAAGACUGGAGGGCUUUCAUAGUGGGCUGUCCUGAAUAUUUCUUCUAGGGAAGUGUUACCUAGACUUCUGGGCAGACAAUAUUUAUACUUUUUUUGUACAGAAGAAAGAAGUUUCAACUCAGCACGACACUACCAGCAUUAAGUUUACAGAUACUGAAAACACUUCACAGUUCCAUGUAGCUCAGCCUGAUUUGUCUCUUACAGUUACACACAGAAAAAAAAGUUUGAGUGUUGUGGGGUGAUAUAAAUAUGUUGCUUUUGACACCAAGUUGCAUUUAGUUACUUGCAUUCUAAAUCUUUAAAAACUAUAUUUUUGCAAAGUGUUAUUGUCUUAUAUAGUAUGCCUGAUUGCAUUGGCUUUAUUCAAGUUAUUCUGUAGAGCAUUGAACAUACCUGAUAAUACAGUGACUGGUGAUAAUUUAUUAUGCUGCAUUGAAAACUUAAGAAGAUCUGGGAAACCAGUAAAUUUGUCAUUUUUGCCCAUUGCUUUCCCUCACCUGUGUUUUAAUAAAGUUUUGAUACUUCUGUAUACGUGUUAAUUUGGUAAGGCUAAUAGAAAUAAUUUCAGUUGAUUUUCAUGUGCUGUGAUAUAUAUUUUGCUAUGGUAUACAUUGCACCACGUAAUGACAAAUACUCACAAGUGCUAGAUUUGUGAAUUUCUUAAAAAAUAAACAUUUCUUAUGUAUUUGUGGCUUGCAGAAAUCAGUUUUUAAUUUAGAGAGAAUUUGCUAUCACUAUCUAUUGGAAAAGUGGCUCUUGGACAACUUUGGGAGUAUUGCAGAUUUUUCAUUUCACUGAUUAAAACUUACAGGCAGCUUUAAAUUUCUUUAGCUGUUUUCUUAUGAAACCAUGGCAUUUUACUUGCUGCAAUUCCUAACUUACAUGGGAUGGGGAGGAAGGGGGAGUCAAGACAAGAUUAUUUUAGCACCUUUUGGCCUUAAAUAGUAAUUUUGCUUGCAUCAGCCCUAAUGGAUGCAAGGUAAUACACAUUAAUGUAUGUAUGGGUACAUACAUCUGUAUACACAUAUAACUAUUUAUGUUAUAGAAAGAACCCUCAAUGGCACUUAGCAGGGCUCACUGCACUUUUUGUAAGGCUUUUGAAAAUAAUUGGCUUUUAAAAAACUGUAGUUGAAAGUGAUUUCUGCAAGCUCUAUCCACUGUGUAUCAUCCAUAGUACAAUUGUAAGAACAUUUGUCUGGCGCAGGUGUGAAGUCACUGAAAACAGUGUAUGCCCUAUUAUUGCCAGCUGGAAAUAGUUAACCUGAUUUUUUGAAGGAAUUUUUUUCCUGUCAGCUGAAAAUGUUAGUCAUUAUUCCUAUUAUUAAACCCUGUUAUUUUUUGAAAAAUUGUCUUUGGAUAAGAAGCCCUGCUUCCUCUUGCUGUGCUCUUUUGCUUCUUCUGCUAGAAAGUGUUACUUAGUAACCGGAAGCUGAUACUGCAAGAGAUUUAUCUAAGCAUUUUAAAUAUUCUUCCUCUUGAGUUUUCAAAGCCCUACAUUCCUCAGCACAUUUCCCUUAGUGUCCUUGACUCGUGGCUUCAGUUCUCCUUUCCCAGCUCUGCUGCUGCUUGUGCUUACCUUUGACAACAGGGCUCCUUAUUUUUGAUUACAGUCACAGAUGUGAGUAGGAAGGAAAUGAAAAAGAAAUUAUGUGAGCAGAGAAUGAAAGGGAGCCUCCUGAAUUGUGGAGAUGGAAAGGAGAGCCACACAAUGGCCAGAACAUGCUGCUGUCCUUGUGGGUGAAAGUCUUAAGAUAGCUGCAUUUGAAUGUUUAGGUUACACAGAACUCCACAUCUGGUUCUUGUGUGGUGUUUGUAUGCAUGUCUGUGAUUCAUGGAAUCAAAUUUGGCUCUGAUUUUGUCUUGCUGUUUGUGUAUUUUCAGCUUUCUUUUUCUGUAUUUAGCAUUACUUGAUCUGGCAGAAAAGAGCAAACAAGAUCAUGUGUCUACCAUUUUUAAAACUUUCCAUGAAAGCAGUCAAUGCAGGUGGUAUGGAUGUGUACACAAGCUUUCAUAAUGGGCCUCUCUGGAGCUGUUUCUAUGUGAUUGUUACUGUUCUAGUGUAAAUUAGAGGCUGGCUUUGCCACUGAGGCCCUGGGAAUGUGGACAGGACUGUAAGGGUCCCAGCUCUGUGCACCCAUAGUAUACACACAGUGGCUGUACCUGAUGUAGACAUUGAACUAAAGCUGCCAGACAGCAUUCUGAUUAACCACCUUAAUCAGAAUAUAUAUAUAUAUAUAUUUAUAUAUAUACACACACAUAAACAAAAAUAUAUAUACAUAUACACAUAUAAAUGAGAUCUGUCUACCUCAAGUGUGUGUACUGCAGGAAACUUUUGUAUGACUAGAUACUGACGCAGUGCUGUUAAAGUACAUUAGGAUUUCAUUUCUUCCUUGUGUACUUGAGCAACUGAGAAAUUAAUUACGAACACACAAAUUCAGAAGCCUUUCAAAUCUAUCUCUUGCUGUAACAACUUACAAUACAAAACUCAUAAGUUUAUAACCAUCUUUAGAAUCACUUGAAUUUGUUAUGGUGCUAUCAGUAUAUAGAAAACUUUAUAUGGAUACAUAAAUUCAAGCCAGUAUUAAUACCUAUAGCUGGGGUUUUUGCUUGUAAUUGUGUGUAACUGCUUUGCAAUGUGUUUAAUCUGAUAAAACCGCACCAGUUAAAAAAAACAAAAAAACAAAAAAAUAAAAAAAAACACAAAAAACAAACAAAGAAAACCAAACAAAAACCCCCCAAACCAACAGAAAACUCCAAAGUUACUCAGUUGUUUUUCUAAAUCACAUGUGAUAACAUCUUCACUACAAAAAUUGCCCUCAGAAGUGGUGUGACUGUCUGUACCAUAUGUUAGUCUCACUAAAAGACUCCAGUGUAGAUCGAGGUCUUCUUUGGGUCAGAGCCUUGUUGAAUUUCUGUGACACUUAAGAGACAAUUUAUAUCAAGAUUAUAUUGGGUAAAGUAACCCUGAUACUGUUGAAAGUUGAACUAAAAUUUGGACUUGGCCAUACAUAUUUCUUAGUCCUGAUGAGAUCAUGGUAGUUGGUUUUGGCUUUUGUGAAGAUGCCAUUACUGUGAAGUAGUUUUUACAAUUUCUUACGCUGGUAAAUAGCUGCGGUAAGGAAGUAUCUUGUUGCAUUAUCCUCAGCAGCAGUGAGACUGAUGAAUCACCUGGGCUUAGAGUCUCAUUAAGUAUACUUUCAGUAAAAAUAAAUAAUUCAGAUAGAAUAUAUAAUGCUGAAUUUAAAUAAGAUUUGGGGGUUUAAAUUUUAACUUUAUAAAAUUAUUUAUUCUAUUUUAAGCCUUCUGUCUUAUUUUACCAUCCAAGUAUUUUUGGUUUUAGUGGUCCAGCUUUAUUUACGGGCAUAUAAAUUGAAAUUGUAAGAUGUUUUUACAAGCUUCUUCAUUUUACAUUGAGUUUGAGUAGCUUUCAUCUGUAUGUUUUUGUUUUGUAUGGAUAAAGAGCAUUAUUAUGCUUUCGUGCAAUAGGUUUGAAACAUGCAUUUAUUAGGCUUAUGUUUAAAUUGUAAAUGUAGCAUCUACUUACCAUUACAUUUAAAAGGAAUGUAGAUGGCUUUUCUCACUUGUUCAAAUGGAGUUUUAUUUGGGGCUGUUAUUUGGGGGUGGGUGUGUGUGUUUUAUGCUUUGUUCCAUUUUUUAUUUUAAGAGUGAAAUGGGGGAUUUAAAAUAUCUGUAAGUACAAGAACUAUCUGUCAGCAAUAUUUUAAAAUAAAUGAUCUUGCAAGAAACCUUAAUGUGAAUUGUGGAAGCAAUCGACAAGACUUGCAGCCUAUCUGAAAAUGUUUUGUGCCAUUGUUAGGUCUGGUAUAUUUGUGUACCAUCACACCUGGGAAUAUUUUUUUCUGCGGUUGUGCAAUAGUAUACACAACACUGUCACUCAGGAGAUAUGGGACCGUAAAAAAUAUCAGACUACAACUAUGAUGGUGCUAUUUUUUCCAAUAGGCUAUGAGCCUUUGAAAGCUUAUGUGGCUCUUAUUGUCUUUAUAACAACACAGUUCUAGGGGAUUUACAGAUUUUUUUUUUCUACUAGAUGAUAAAUAUAACUUGCUGUUUUACAGCAUUCUGCAUAUUACAUUGAGAUAAAUAUAAUAGGAAAAAGCCAACCAGUCUGUACAUCAGUGAGAUGAAUCUUAGGUACACAUUUUGUACAGAAGGCUUUACUGAACAGAAAAAUCAAGUUUCUGCUUUUCCUCAGGUAAUCACUUCCGUUUGGAUGUUUCACUGAAAACAUUAAUGCAACUUUAGUUAGUCUGCCUAAAAUUGAUAACAGAAAUUGUUCCGCACGCAAGUCUCCCUACAUAAGAUCCAAUUAGAUGUUACUUGGGUCUUGAGAUCUGUUUUUGAAGAAGUUGCAGAGAAUAACAAUAAAGAGUAUGGAACAAUGCUUCAAUCUCUGCUCUCAUCAAAACUUGCAGUCAGGACAAAAAUUACCUAGGAACUUGGGUCUUGUGGCAAAUCAACAGGUAGUGUUUUACCUGUUUUAUUUAUAUACAAAUCAAAGGUAUGAUUCUACUAUUUCUUCCAUAUUUUAUCCUACUUAGAGUUUUUUGGAAAUCUUUUGAAGCCACAAUGACCUGUCCAUGUCCUGGUGGUAGGGUAGGAACUACAUGUCCAAUUCUAUGAACAUUUACCUUGGUAACUUUACUAAUAACCUGGAUGGUUCCACAGAAACCAGUGGGAUCAUUCAUUCAAACAGAGGUGUGGCUGAAGGAAGAACUCCUGAGUUUUGAGUACUGAUAUUCCACUAUUUUUGUUAUUUCUGUUUGAAAUGGAAAGUAUUGGUUUGAUGGAAUCUUUAAUUCAAGUGACUUAUCUGGACAAAAGGAAAGUUUGUUCUUUCCUUCUGCAAACAGGAUCAUUUUGCAGUUAAGGGACAAUUAGCCAGUGCAACCACUAAGCCUUUUAUCCUCAUAUGUGGCAUAAUAAAGAUUCUGGAACUGUCAGAGUGUAAAACCAUAUUUUUGGCUUAGCUUCAUUUAAAAGUUUACAAUUUUUUAUGCUUUGUGUUGCUGUGUAAUUUCUGUACUACUGGUGGCUAGUUUUGUCUGAAUAAGCCUUUUGGGGAUUAAUGCUUAAUGUUUUGAUUUUAUGAUAGUGAAGCUUGUAUCCAGUGUUUUGCCAAUGAAUAUUAUAUGCUUGUUAAUAAAAGCAGAGAAACUAACUUGAAA